CAGCACUAUUGGAGAGACGCCAGAGUACUAGGCGAGUUGAUCUCGUCACCCGUACAUAAAGCUGACAAGAUCCACCGGUCGGUAGUGUACGGGCGCAAAAUAUUUUAUGCGCUGCCGAUGCGUCGAUUUGUGAAUGUAAUUUUCUGCACGAAAAUUACCUUGAGAUUUUGGUCGUCGAUCGAGCAGGUGCAUACUGCUCCGAUUAAAUGGACUUGA